AUGCCAAAUGCACCGGCGAUACAGAGUUGCAGUCCCGCCGCCUUCCUUGCCUCGCCAGGCUUACCUCACUCGUCACUUUUACAACUCUGGCCUCGCCCCUCAUCAACAAUCAACGUCAGUCCUCAUCAUCUUGCAGGCAACAAGGAACAGAUUGCUCGGUGUCGGAGCAAUCUGGCCUCUUCCAAGUCCGGAUACGACUUGGCUCUUGUUCGGACUUUUGCUACGCGUCUCUUGUCUCUUUGCCUAGAGCCUUCCCCACAAGUCAACAAUACGCUUUUGGCCAAGUCUCGUGAUACCCAGCGGACGGCAACCCCUGGGAGACUCCUUGAGUCUCUGCUCACUUUCUCACAAUGUGAACUACCAAGACAGGUCAGUGGCCACUGCGGUCAACUUACCGUGUGCCCGCACAUUGGAUGA